AUGGCAGCUACUGCGGCUGCUGCUCUCCGGUUUGUUCCCCCAAACCCCAAUGCCAAGAAAACUGUCCACUCCUUCUCUAAACCGAAUCUUGUGUCAUCAUGCUCUAACUAUAUGCAGUUUUCUGAUGUUGCUUCUGAGAUGGAGUUAAGAUUACAUAUAGGAGGCAUGGGUAUAAUAAGCACAAAAGACAUAUCUGUUAAUGCAGACGAUACAUCCUUAGAUAUCACAGUGUUGCGCUCAGGAUCUCCCAUUACGUUGAUACAAACUAAUCCUCUUUUUGACAGGAUUAAACCUUCUGAAACAAUAUGGUUUGUGCUAAUCAAGUGA